UGAUUUUUAGAUAUUGUGGUUUCAUGUAUUUUGCUGCUUUUGUGCGCUCACUUUGCAUUGAUCUUUAAUUAUAAGUUCAUUUCAGUACGUUUCUUUGCACAAACAAUUAGAUUCUUUUUAAUGGAUGCUACUAAACGAACAUAAACGACGGGAUGGUUAUGAUUUUAGUCUGAAACUGAAUCAUUUUCAUCAUAACCGAGAAUCCUAAAUACAGAAAAUGCUUUUGUCAAAAGCUUGAAUUGCUAAGAUUAUGUUGUCACAUGAACACGCGAGUAUGUACAGUUUUGUUACCUCUCAAGGCAAACAGUAGCCACAAAUUUCUCGCAUUCGCGUAUAGAGGACUAGCAGAAGAAGGAAGUUGUGAGAAAAAAAGAUAUGGAGGACUGGAAUAAAUAUAAUCUCAGCUAGCGCACUAAAAAUUUGAGGCUGCUGGAAUGUGAUUGUGAAAACUGACUGGUGAGCUAUGCUAAACUGGAUGCUAGGUAACAGUUAAACGUCCAUUUGGAAGCUCAGUAUAGGUUCGUUGGUUUCCAUGUAAAUGGUCAACCUGAACAAUAGCUCAGGCGAUGACUAUGCAAGUCUGACUCAAGAGCGAGGCUUCACACCAUGCAACUGGUACCAAAUAAUGAUGAAAAUACAGAUGAUAUUCUGGAACGUGCGCCCAUUUUAAGUCAAUUGGAUUUUCUGCCACAGUCAGUGGGAUCAUCAUCCUCUGCUGAGAUUAUAGCUAUAGGUAGAGAGAGCUCUGGUAGUGAUGAUGAUUCACACAAUCUUAAUGUUGAUGAAACCAGUCAUCUGGUGAAUGCAGACCAACCACAAUGUCGUAUAUGCCUUGACACUGGAGGAGAAGAUUUAAUUGCUCCAUGCCACUGCAAAGGCACUCAAAAGUAUGUCCAUAGAUCAUGUCUUGAUAAUUGGAGGUCCACAAAGGAGGGCUUUGCUUUUGCUCAUUGUACAGAGUGCAGAGCUAUGUUCGUGUUACGUGCAAAUGUCCCUUCUGAUCGCUGGUGGUUGAGACUGAAGUUUCAAUUUCUUGUUGCUAGGGACCAUGCGUUCAUUUUCAUUAUUGUUCAACUGAUUGUGGCAUUCUUGGGGGUGUUGGUGUACAAAUUCUACGGAGAGGAACUAAGGGAAAUGUUUGGUUAUGAAGAACACCCAUAUGGGUUCUAUGCCAUGGCUGUCUUGGCGAUCAUCUUGGUUGGCUUACUCUAUGGUUUCUUCAUAGCCAUUAUAUGCGGGCAGAGGAUAAAUGAACGCCACUACCAUGUCCUUGCUAAGCAAGAACUGACAAAGGAAUAUAUAGUUGAAGAUCGAGAACAUAACAAGAACGUUCCUGAAUUAGACCCCAGCCAUGUUAUGGAGCUAAGGAUGUUGGGGCUGUAUUAAUCUGAAAUUGGUGAAUCCAACAUUGGGCACUUGAAGUCUUCAAGUAAGGAACUCUAUCCUGUAUUCCUUUCCACUCCUAUGUAUCGCAACUGGAGAAUUAGUAAAAAUAUAGGUAGAGUUGGCUCACCAUUACGUUGCAUAAUCUUUUGCAACUUGAGAUUUUAAUUUGUAUUAUACUGCAAGAAUCCCCAUAUAAUUGGAGGCUUUCAUUUUUUGAUCUCGUGAUCUUAGACGUACUUUUGUGUUUGACCAAACAAAGCAAAUUUUUCCUUCUGGUUU